AUGGCGAUUCGUCUUCAAUAUGAUAACAAUACAUGUGAAAUCGGGGUAUAUUCCAAACUCACCAAUGCUUAUUGCCUCGUUUCGUCCACAUCAGGCUCCACAAACUUCUUCAGUGGCUUUGCAUCCAAGUUAAGAGGUGUUAUUCCCAUUGUUAUGACAUCCAUAGGAGAAAGUGGAACUAUCGGUACUCUAUGUGUUGGAAAGAAAAACGGGCUUCUUCUUCCUCACACCACUACAGACCAACAGGUUCAACAUUUGAGAGAUAGUUUGCCUGAUAGAGUUUUAGUCCAGCGAACUGAGGAACCUCUAUGUGCACUUGGAAACGCAAUAGCUUGCAAUGAUUAUUUCGCUCUUGUGCAUCCAAAGCUCGAGAAAGAAACCGAAGAGAUAAUAACCGACGUUCUUGGUGUUGAAGUUUUCAGACAAACCAUUGCCAAUAAUGAACUUGUAGGAAGUUACUGUUCUUUAUCCAAUAAAGGAGGAAUGGUUCACCCAGACACCAAAGUGGAAGAAAUGGAGGAACUAGCGAGUCUUGUUCAGGUCCCUUUGGUUGCAGGGACAGUGAACCGUGGCAGCCCAGCGAUAUCCGCUGGUUUGACCGUGAACGACUGGACCGCUUUCUGUGGGUCAGACACAACUUCAAUAGAGCUCUCUGUUGUCAAUAGCAUCUUCAAGCCCAUCGAAUCUCAUCCAGAUUUUGUCAUUGGUGACUUGAGGAAGCCUUUUAUCGAUACCUAUGUCUAA